AUGCGAGGCUCGGGUCGUGGACCAUCACUCCUCGAGUCGGCGGACGCGCGAAUCGCGAUCUCACAUUCCAAGCGGCCGGCGAUCAACAUGCCAGAACAGCUUCCAAGAAUCCUCGCCACUCGCCACGAUUGUGAUAAGGGCUUUGCCAGCAGUCUGCCCUCUCCUGGAAUUGGACCGAUGCUGACAAUCUGUCAUGGACUCAUCUCGGCCUGGGUCCGAUGCUUCGAGGAAUGGAAUGCGAUGCUUGCGGGUUUCGCUCCUGUCGAUAGAACCCGCAUGCGUCCUUCUAUCAUUCUAUCAGACAGUCUUCCCGCCAUUUUCACGAUCGGCCUCAACACUUCCAGAUGCAAAAUGGUCGACCCCAACCCCGCCAAUUUCCCCCCGCGCUGGAUUCCAUGGCUUCCCACGCGUCGCGAGAUCCACGACCCAUGCAAGUCGUGA